CUUGGCGCCCAGCGGAGGGAGAGGGAGGCCAGGAGUCUCCCCUCGGAAUACUAUGGAAAAAUACCAGAUUUUGGAUGAGCUGAAUCCUGGGGCCUUGGGGGUGAACCUGGUGGUAGAGGAGACAGAAACGAAAGUAAAGCAUGUGAUAAAGCAGGUAAGAGGUGUGGACCUACACACUGCUUGUCAAGCCAUGCUAGAGCUGAUGCCGCUGCUGACGCUUCGGCACGCCCACAUCUCCACAUACCAGGAGCUGUUCAUCGUGUGGAAGAGCGAGGUCUCCUCUAUGUUCCUCUGCCUGGUGAUGGAGUACAACAAGGAGAGCUUCCAGGAGGUCAUUGAGAAGAAGAGGGAGGCAAGGACCAUCAUUGACUCUGAGUGGAUGCAGAACAUGCUGGGCCAAGUGUUGGAUGCUUUGGAAUACCUGCAUCAGUUGGACAUCAUCCACAGGAACCUCAAGCCCUCCAACAUCAUCCUUGUCAGCAGCAACCACUGCAAACUGCAGGACCUGAGCUGCAAUGCGCUGAUGACCCAUGAAGCCAAGUGGAACAUCCGCGCAGAGGAAGACCCCUUUCACAAGUCCUGGAUGGCCCCUGAAGCCCUCAACUUCUCCUUCAGCCAGAAAUCCGACAUCUGGUCCCUGGGCUGCAUCAUUCUCGACAUGACCAGCUGCUCCUUCAUGGAUAAAACAGAAGCCGUGCUUCUGCGCAAGUCCAUCCGGAAUCUCCCAGAUGGCCUGAGGGGCGUCCUGACGACCAUGGAGGAGAGGAAGGUCCCCAACGUGACAACCUUCUCUUCCCUCUUGCCUUUGAUGCUCCAGAUCGACCCCUCAGAGCGAAUAACAGUCAGGGAUGUGAUACACAUCACCUUCAUGAGCAGCGAUUUCAGGUCCUCGAACAUCGCCCUGACACUGCACCAGCAGGUGGUGCCUGCAUCCAUCACUGACAUGCUGUUAGAAGGCACUGUGGCCAGCAUUUUAGAGGUCAUGCAGAACUUCUCCAGCCGACCUGAAGUCCAGCUCAGAGCCAUGACCAGGCUCCUGAGAAUGCCGGACGCUGAGCUAGGUCUGCCGUGGCCAAUUGAGCUGGUGGAGGUGUUGAUCACCAUCAUGAAGCAACAUGAGAGGAUCCUUGACAUACAGCUCUGUGCCUGCUCCCUGCUGCUGCGCUCCCUGGGCCUAGCACUGGCACGGGACCCGGCAGCCGAGGUGCCGAGCGACAGCUCCAUCACGUCUGUCCUGCUGAGCAUCAUGCGCAGCCACCCCAAGGCGGAGCAGCUCCUGCUCAUGGUCUACAGCCUGCUCACCAUCAUCUCCAGCCAGGAAUCAGCCGCAGAGGAGCUGCAGGAGGCUGGGCUGUUUGAGCAUAUCCUGGAGCAUCUGGGCACCCUCCCCAGGAACAGGGACAUCUGCAUCAAUGGCCUGAGCCUGCUCUGGGCCCUGCUGGUGGACGCUGUCAUUGUGAACAAGGCUCCCUUGGAGAAAGCACCAGUCCUCGUUGCUGAGGUGCUAGCCACCUACCCCACAGAUGCGGAGAUGGCUGAAGCCGGCUGUGCAGUCCUCUGGCUGCUGUCCUUGCUAGGCUGCAUAAAGGAGCACCAGUUUGAAGAGGUGGCAGCGCUGUUCCUGCAAAGCAUCCGGCUGUGCCAAGACAGAGUCCUGCUGGUGAACAACGCCUACCGGGGCCUGGCCAGCCUGGCAAAGGUGUCUGAGCUGGUGGCGCUGCAGGUGGUGAUGCCCGAGGAGGGCAGCAGUGGCCUCAGCUUCAUCAAGGAGACGUACCAGCUCUACAGGGAUGACCCAGAGGUGGUGGAGAAUGUCUGCAUGCUGCUGGGCCACCUUGCUUCCUACAAGGAGAUCCUGUCCGAGCUGGUGUCCAGCGGCAUCCAGCCCCUGGUCCAAGAGAUCCACAGGCGCUUCACCUCCAGCCUGGUGAGCGCGCAGGGCCUCCGCAAAGCAGGCCCCACAUCCGCCUCCGUAGCCAGACCCAGGCAGUUCGGUGAAGCCACGGGGUCUGUGCGUUCCACUCAGCGCAGCUGGCUGCCCCCCACCCCGUUCUCGGAAAGACCCUCACCCCUGGGCCCAGCCGCCCACGGGAACCCAGCGGCUUUUCCAGCUCAGUGGCCCAAGUCCAGAAGAGUUCUUUACAUCGCUCAAGGCGAUGGAGGGAACGAGGCCUCCUUAGAGGAAGCGCUGAAGAGCCAGUGGACAACUGGGUGCUUCCUGCCCUGGGACCCGGUGAACCCCAGCGAAGCCCACCGCCACGUCCACGGUGACAGCGCAGGGCAGGCACAGCCCCGACUCCCCAUCUGCACUCCCACUUGA